GCGCCUGCGCGAAGUGUCGCUUUCGGCCGUCGCUGGCGCAGGCGAGUCGGAGGGCGCGGGGCAGCCGGAAACCGGGGUGAGGGACGCGGCCCGCUCGCUGCCCGGCGCGGAGGAUGAGUGGCCGGCGGGAGAUGGGCGAACAGAUGCACCACUGCAAACGCUACCGCUCUCCUGAGCAGGACCCCUACAUGAGUUACAGAUGGAAAAGGAGGCGGUCUCGCAGCAGGGAGCACUAUGAGGGGAGAGCGCGGUAUCCAGUUCGCCGGGAUCUUUCAAGGAGAUCACGUUCCAGAAGCCAGGACAGAAUGCCAUACCAGAGAGGGUACCGAGACAGAACAGACAGCGAAGUCUACAGGUUUGAAGAACAGAGCCCAUCAUUUGGAGAGGACUAUUACGCUGCCCGUCGCUCACGCCAUCAGCGGAGAGACAGAGAGCGUCACCGGACAAGGAAGCACCAGCACCGCUGCCGGAAACGCAGGACCAGGUCUUGUAGCAGUACCUCCUCGAGAAGCCAACAGAGCAGUAAGCGCAGCAGGAGCGUGGAAGAUGACAAAGAAGGCCACCUGGUGUGCAGGAUCGGCGAUUGGCUCCAAGAGCGAUACGAAAUUGUCGGGAGCCUCGGCGAAGGCACAUUUGGCAAAGUCGUGGAGUGCAUGGACCACGCCAGAGGCAAAUCUCUGGUAGCUUUGAAAAUUAUUCGAAAUGUGGGCAAAUACCGUGAAGCCGCCAGGCUAGAAAUUAAUGUCCUAAAGAAAAUUAAAGAAAAAGACAAGGAAAAUAAACACUUGUGCGUCCUGAUGUCGGACUGGUUCAACUUCCACGGCCACAUGUGCAUUGCGUUUGAGCUGCUGGGCAAGAACACCUUCGAAUUCUUGAAGGAGAAUAACUUCCAGCCGUAUCCCCUUUCACAGAUCCGGCAUAUGGCCUUCCAGCUUUGUCAUGCCUUGAGGUUUCUUCAUGAGAAUCAGCUGACUCACACUGACCUCAAACCUGAGAACAUCUUGUUUGUCAACUCAGAAUUUGAUACUUUGUACAAUGAGAAAAAGAGCUGUGAGGAGAAGUCUAUCCGGAACACGUGUAUCCGGGUGGCAGACUUCGGGAGUGCCACGUUUGACCACGAGCAUCACACCACCAUUGUGGCUACUCGGCAUUAUCGCCCGCCAGAAGUCAUCUUGGAGCUGGGCUGGGCACAGCCGUGCGAUGUCUGGAGCAUCGGCUGCAUCCUCUUUGAGUACUAUCGCGGGUUCACGCUCUUUCAGACUCAUGAAAAUAGAGAGCAUCUUGUGAUGAUGGAGAAAAUCCUCGGUCCAAUUCCACAGCAUAUGGUCCGCAAAACACGGAAGCAAAAGUAUUUUCACAAGGGAAGCCUGGUGUGGGAUGAGAACACUUCUGACGGGAGAUACGUGCAAGAGAACUGUAAGCCGCUGCAGACAUACAUGCUGCACGAUUCCACCGAGCACAUACAGCUGUUCAGUCUUAUGAGGCAGAUGCUCGAGUUUGAUCCCGCCCAGCGGAUAACGUUUGCCGAAGCGCUGAUCCACCCGUUCUUUUCCGGCUUGUCCCCAGAGGAACGGCGGCUGUGCUGCAGAGAUUCAAGCCGGGACCUGAGCAGAUGACAGGUGGGGAGGGCAGAGUUUCCUGCAGUUUGUGUACAUACCCAGAGAUCGGCCUGGUCUCCUGUCGGGCAGCCGCCAGCAGUCCUCCUGUAGCGCAGUGUUCCGAGGUGCUGGUGCAAGGUCAGAUUGGACCCUGGACACGGGAGGGGCAGAGGCAGCGACCCAGAAGCACAUAUUUGUCUCAUAUAUUUAUAUGUUGUAAAGUUGAAAUAAAGUGUUUCAUAUUGUUUGAUAAUUUACUUGUAUGACUGUGUCCACCUAUUUUUGCUCCCUAUCCUACUGAUUUUUUUUUCUGUUGAACAAUAAAACAGUGGUUUUAUAUCUUGCCACAAAUCUA